CCGCGUUAUAAGGAAUUGUCCACCCUUGCUACAAGUUCCCUCAUUUUUGCCCCAUCCCGCUGUCCUUGCUGUAUGUUCUCAAGAUGGCGCCAGGACUCUUUUUCCUAGUCGCGAUAUGCCUCAACUCUUUGCUCGCCACCGCCGUGGUCUCCAACAGCCGUCGCGGUCAUAGACUCAUUAGCUACGGUAUCACCAUGUACAAGCCUACUUGCGCCUUUGCGUGUCGCGACACCAUCUCCGGCAGCCCCCUCAACUGCUCUACCGAAGAGAUGGAAAUGGGAAGCAUGGACAUGGGUGGAGCCUCAACCGGCCCAGAAUGUUAUGCUACCGACGAGUCAUUCUUGCAGACGCUGGCUUGGUGCAUCUCAACCCACUGCCAAGGCGUUACUGUGUGGAAGCUUGAGAGAUUCUGGAGGAUGAAUGUAGCUGGGAACGGAGCAGUACAACCGGACCCGAAAGAGACGUACCAGCGAGCUCUAGCGAAAGUCACGAACCCGCCAACCGAGAUCCUCGUCACCGGCGAUCCAUUGAACAAAACCAGUCUGGUCACUGAAGAUGACUGGAUCGCAAACUAUAAUGUCGACUCUAUUUCCGAGAUCCAAGAGGACACCCAUGAGCGCUAUUGCCUCGUCGUCUUCCUCUCGGGUGUCGUCAUCCCAAUUGGGUUCUCCCUAGUCCGCUUCGUCCCAUGGCCUGCCCAUCUUGUCACCAAAUCCAACGCACACAUCAUUUAUCCUCCAGCCUUCGGGUCUCAUCACAAUCAGAAGCUACAUCACCAGUCGCACUGGUGUCCUAAAUGGGUUGCCUGGAUCUGCACCAUUGAAGCCGUGAUCCACUCCUGCAUAUACCUACAGAUAUACGCCGCAUCAGGCGAGCAUUCCUCCGAAAGCAAGAUGCCCUACUGGAUCUGGGGCGCUAUUGCCACACUAGGCAUGUCAAUCCUCUUACCCACUUCCAUUCUCCCACUAAGACAGAAGCUCUACGAAGGCUUUCUCCUGUGGCACAUUGCCAUUUCAGGUCUCGUCGCCACAGGCUGUUACCUCCAUAUCGACUAUCGUUUUGGCCACCAGUGGGGCUACGAAGUCUGGAUCUACGUGGCAAUGGCCGUCUGGGCAUUUGAGCGCAUGAUGCGGUUGGCAAAGCUCGUGAGGAACGGGCUCCGCACUGCAACUGUGACCGUGAUUGACGACGACUAUCUCCGCGUUGAUGUCGAAGGUGUUAGCGGGAACGGUCAUGCCUACCUCUACUUCCCAACUCUCACGUGGCGCGUGUGGGAAAACCAUCCUUUCUCCGUCGCGUCCACCGUUCUUCCGGCUGCAACGCACCAAACCAGUACUACUAGCCGUCACGAGGCACUGGCUUCAGAUAUCGAGAAGCAUCCAGUACAAACCUCAACAUCGCAGACCUCCCGGGAUAUCAUCGAGCUGCACCACAAGAAGCGAAUAGAAAUUCUAAGAUCGGGCUUACCUUUCUCCUACGUACCCGAGGUGACUUGA